AUGAAGAGAUUUAUGCAGAGAUCCUGGAUUCUUCUGCAUGUGUGCCUGUCUACUAUUAUUGGUAAAAUCUGUAUGUUCUUCUUCCCAGGUACUGUGAAGAGAUAUCUCCUGAAGCAGAGAGAAAAGAGUAGCAACCCAAAAUUCAUGUAUGAAAAUUGGGGUCCAACUUUCUUCAGCUUCCCCUACUUACUCUUUGUCUUGAAAGUCAAAUGGAAAAGGCUGGAAGAUGAAGCCUUUCAGGGCUGUCCUGCUCCUAACACCCCUGUAGCAGAUCUCAGUGGGAAAAUUCAUCGCAUUCUGGAUUUCAUGCAAGGUAACAGGCCUUUGGUUCUAACAUUUGGAAGUUGUACCUGACCUUCAUUCAUAUUCAAAUUUGGCGAGUUUAAUAAACUUGUUGAAGAUUUCAAAUCUGUAGCAGACUUUCUUGUAAUCUACAUUGAAGAAGCUCAUGCCUCAGAUGGAUGGGCCUUUAAGAACAAUAUUGUCAUUAAAAGUCACCGAACUCUCCAAGAUCGUAUAGCGGCUGCACAGAUGCUCCUAAAACAGCAUCCUUUAUGUCCAGUGGUUUUAGACACAAUGGAAAACCUGAGCAGUAACAAAUAUGCUGCUCUGCCUGAGAGACUGUAUGUACUUCAAAAGGGAAAAGUUGUGUAUAAGGGUAGACCAGGACCUUGGAAGUAUUGCCCACAAGAAGUUCGUGAAUUUUUGGAACAAUUUUAUAUGUAA